CCAGGACUCAAGAUGGCCACCGUGCCCGCUAGCCAGCCCUCUGGCUGGUCAGCUAGCCCGCGUGGCAGCGAGCCUGACCGAGCCCCAGCGAGCCCCGCGGGCAGCGAGCCUCGGCGCUCAGCCCUGGGGGCGGCGCUACAGCGGACCGACGGGGGCGGGGCGUCCGCCCUCCUUUGGCCGCAGCCAAUCAGCGGGUGGGGCCAGCUCGCCCCGGGCCGCCCGCGCGCGGGGUGUGUAAGGACGAGCUCUCCGACGCUGAGUGCCAGAGCUAGGGAGCAGUUGCUGUGGUACCUACUGCUACCUGGGCAGACGCUGAGCAUCGGACAUCAGGCGCGGGGCGCUGCGGUGCGGGACGGGUAGGUGCAGUCAUGACGUCCACCAGUGAAAAUGUGCUAUUUGGAAUGGGGAAUCCUCUUCUUGACAUCUCUGCUGUAGUAGACAAAGAUUUCCUUGAUAAGUAUUCUCUGAAACCAAAUGACCAGAUCUUGGCUGAAGACAAGCACAAGGAACUGUUUGAUGAACUUGUGAAAAAAUUCAAAGUUGAAUAUCAUGCUGGUGGCUCUACGCAGAAUUCAAUGAAAGUGGCUCAGUGGUUGAUUCAGGAGCCACACAAAGCAGCAACAUUCUUUGGAUGCAUUGGGAUAGAUAAGUUUGGGGAGAUCCUGAAGCGUAAGGCUGCUGACGCACAUGUGGAUGCUCAUUACUAUGAGCAGAACGAGCAGCCAACAGGAACUUGUGCUGCGUGUAUCACUGGUGGCAACAGGUCCCUCGUUGCUAACCUUGCUGCCGCCAAUUGUUACAAGAAAGAGAAGCACCUUGACCUGGAGCGGAACUGGGUGUUGGUAGAGAAAGCCAGAGUUUACUACAUAGCUGGCUUUUUUCUCACAGUCUCCCCAGAGUCGGUAUUGAAAGUGGCUCGCUAUGCUGCCGAGAACAACAGGGUCUUCACUUUGAACCUGUCUGCACCGUUCAUUAGCCAGUUCUUCAAGGAAGCCUUGAUGGACGUCAUGCCUUAUGUUGAUAUCCUCUUUGGAAAUGAGACGAUGCAUCUGUGACUUACAACUGUGACCACACCUAGACUUAAAGGAACAAAAACAAAAAAAAAAACCCUUUUCUCCCUUUUAAAAUCUUCUGUCUGAAUCUAUGUAAAGUUAAUAAAUUAUGAGUAGAUGUUGAUAUUAUAAUCUAUUUUACUGAGGUAAUUUUGGAACUAUUUGUAUAUCAUAGUUGAAAAUGUUACAGUAGAAUUUCACUUGAAGUGUUACAGCUUCUUCUUUUAAACAGUGAUGUAUUUUCUCCCAUAAAUCAGGGGAAACUUUAAAAACCCACGACGUAGAAUAGCGGAAGCUGUGACUGACCUUCAAGUGAUGUUAGCCACAUCGAUGAACUUUUAUGAAUGUUCGGAGUUUCUGUUACAUUGAUCACCCUAGAAUCUGCACAUGUGCAGCCUGGUGUGCACAUGCAAUAAAUAAAUAGUCAAAUAAAUAAAUGCAAAUUAUGUACAAAGGCACUAAUCAUUGACUGAUGCUAAAGAGAAGAGACUUAGGGAAGCAAAAAAGAAUAAUCCCCCCAAAGUGACUUUUAUCUUUACAGAAAAUGUCGAUGAUAUCAAAAUGGUCUUCACUUUAAAAAAACAAGUGUGUUAGCCAAAGCAACAGUCAAAAAAUAAAAGGUUAAUUAGAAUUAAUCAAAAAUUAAAUACUUUUAUGGCCAAGAAUAUCCGAACACACCUGAAACACAUCACUGAGGAUACAGAUACAGGAGGAUAGCGUGUCUAAGGCCAGGUUGGUACAAAGAGAGACCUUAAAUAACAAAACCAAAAGAAUGGUUUCUUGCUUCAAAGAACAAGCUCCAGAAUACAGAACCACAAACACCCGUACAGUUGGAGAGUAGUUAUCAAUGUCCAAAUAUAUAACCCCAUGGCAAGGAAACCAACUAAAGCACAUUUAAAAAAUGGCCAAAGAAUCUGGUCAUUGGGAUGCGUCCUGUUACUCUGGAGGUUGAAGCAGAGGAUCAAAUGCUGAGGCCACCCUGGGCUGUGUACAGGGAGACGGUCUUAAAACAGCCACACAUAUAUUUAUACAUUUGCAUACAUACAUUGGUCAAAGGACUUAAGUAAACAGUUCUCAAAAAAAAAAAAUACCCACUUUACAGAUGGUCAGUAAACACAUGAAAAGACAGUCAAUAUCUCUGAUCAUUAGAGAAACAUAAAUGAGCCUAAAAUUAGACACUGCUUCAUUGGGUAAACCUGAUGGAGAAACUGAAGCCUGUGUGUUGCAGGUUAGAAUGUGAGCUUAUAAAACACUCAUGGAAAAUAGUUUAGUAAAUUGACAAAAAAAAUUGAACAUAGAAUUAUUAACAUAACUCAGCAAUUCAACUUCUUAGUCUGUCCCAAAACUAAAAGCAAAAACUCAAGGGCUUACACACCAGUGUGUUUCAACAUUAUUCACAAUAGCCAGUGGUCUCGGGAAAGCGAUUAUAUUGAUGUCGUUGGUUGGUUUGUUAGUUUUGUUUGGCUUGGUUUAGUUUUUGAGACAGGGUUUCUUUGUGUCCUUGUUCUAGAACUUACUCUGUAGACCAAGCUGGAUUUGAACUCACAGAUAUCUGCCUGCCUCUGUUUCCUAAGUACUGGGAUUAAAGGUAUAGGCCACCACGCUCAGCUGCAAAUCAAAUUUUUAAUGAGGAAAAUUUCUUUUAUAUGUAUAUACAUAUAUAUGUAUAUAUUUAUUAUUAUUAUUAUUAAACAUCAAAGAAAAUAAACCUUCAUAUACAUGCUUUAUGAAUGUCUUUAAAAAUUCUGUAAAGCUUAAAAAGGCAGAUGUAGCAAACAACCAUUGGAUUUCUGUACAGGCCUGGGAGUGCAGCUGAGGGUAGAGUGACUGCUUACUACAGGAAGUUCCAGACAUUCAAACCUAGCACCAUGGUGGGAGGUUUAAGUAAAUUCAAAAUAAACAAUGGAACAGUGGAUCCUAGUGGUACAGGGCAGGGGUGGACAGUGGUGAUGGCUACACACAGCUGUGAAUGUGCUUAACACUGAAUUCAGCACUUAUAAUGAUAAGGUUUAUCUUACACAUGGUUAACAAUUUUAUAAAGAUUGAUUCUACAAGCUAGUAACAUUAUAUUAUGUCUUAGUAUUGAUUAUUUAGCAAUAUUUUCACACCUAGGAGACAAAACUGUAAGCUGCUAUAUGACUACAUGUCAUGUUGAACAACUUUUUCUUGUCUUUUGUUUGUGAAUCCUGUUCAUUUGCAUUUAUUUCAACAAAUAUUCAUGUAGUAAAGCCUAUUAUGGCAAAUCAGUAACUAAUAGAAGCCAAGUCCCUUGUAAGGUCUGUCAUUAUAUGAACUAUAGACUAAAGGUGGCUUCAGAGCGAUCCAAUGUGUUGGUAUUUUAUGAAGCAGUCUUUAAAGGACUUCUGAUGAGUGCACAGCUACGGAGUGUGCUACUCAAUGUGUGCUCUGCGCUUUAGUGGUGCGGUUGGAUGCAGCUGCAUUUGCAUAUAAUACAAAGUCAAACAGUGCAGCGCCUUAAUGAUACCAAGUAAGCUGGAUGUCAGAGUCAGAUGGUUUAAGUGGUAAUCAGCUAGAAAUAUCGGCUAAGAUGAUGCAGUUUAAUAGGGAUAAUAAAGAUGAUAUUGUAUUCGAUUACAAAGUGCAAGUAGAUUAAUGUUUUACCUUUUGAACAUAUUACCAUUGUUCUCCUUGAAUACUUUAGUAAUAAGAAUAAAUUAUCUCUGGUUCUUAAAGAAA